UGCAACGAGGACGGGAGGAGAACACUUUGACCGGCAGCGGGGGAGCGACAUCGGGACUCUUCUUUUCUUUUAAAAACUAAAAGAUAAAAAAGGAAAACUUUGGAAUUUCCGGUGCAAACUUGAAACUUGUGAGGUCGGAGGACAAACUGUGGGGUCAGCAUGGCAUCUCUGAUGAACUCUGCGUGCUUGCUCUUCUUGCCUGUUGCUCUGCUUCUGAUGCUGAGUCCGUGUUCUGCAGCCUCAGCCAGAAGGUGUCACUCCAUCUACAAGGGUUUCGCUCAGUGUCUGAUGGCUCUGGGCGACAGUUUGACGGACAGCGCCCGCAAGGAGGAGGACACGCACGAGAUACACUCCAUCUGCAGGUCGUGGGAUGAGUUCCAUGACUGCGCUAACGUGGCGAUGGCUGGCUGUCCGGAGGAAGCGGCAGCUGUCUGGGAGUCUCUCCGCCAGGAGUCUAAGAAAAUGCAGUUCUCCGGAAACCUUUAUGACAUGUGCUCCAACCGUAACACCCACCCAGCGGCCUCGGUGUCCCCUAACGGCUCACCCAACCAAGAAGAGAUCAACCAGGAGUCUCUAAGAGGGAGUGCCUAUCACGUGGCAGGCUGCCUCCACUAUCUCCUACUGUCUCCUGUGCUGCUGCUGUUGUUGUUUUGGAUAUAACUACCCCCAAAGAAAUGGGAUUAGCGUGAAUAGAUAUAAACUUUGUGUACUUUUUCUUCCACGAUUCCAUAGACUUUUCACUGCUUCUUCCUCUGCUCUGCCAGGGGUCGAAUAUUUCUAACUGCAUGUUCAGAGGCUCGACAGUCUUUUUGAUAAUAUAUCUCUAAAUUGCCUGUGCCGUUUCAUGCAUAUUCUCUGCCUAUUAAUUAGAUCCUCAGUUGAAAAAAGCUCACAAAACUCACCGAGAGAUACACAAGCCCUGCAAACACAUACAUAGUUGAGCAGAUGCAUACUGCAGCCUCUCAUCAUCCGUCUUUAUCCUGUAUCCUUCUAAAUCUAGUUAGUACGAGCUUGCAUGUGAUGGUUUCAGGGUGAGGCUGUCUCCUUGAAUGCAAUAAGAUAAGAGAUUAAUAAGAGAAAUCUAAUAACUGAGACUUGUUUGAUAAACUUGAAAA